ACAGCUCCGUUUAUCCAGGAGAAGACUAUCUACGGUUGGGAAGGUAAAACUCGACAAAGUUGAGGCCAUGGAUCACGACCACUCAAAAAUGCCCGUUUAACUUUUGAAGAUAUUGAAGAUGCCCGGUCUCGUGUCCUGUCUCGGGUCCUGUCCUCAGGUUGUCUCUCUGUCUCUCCCCAGAUGCCCGGUCUCAUCUCAUGUCCUCAGGUUGUAUCUCUGUCUCUCCCCAGAUGCCCGGUCUCGUCUCAUGUCCUCAGGUUGUCUCUCUGUCUCUCCCCAGAUUCCCGGUCUCGUCUCAUGUCCUCAGGUUGUAUCUCUGUCUCUCCCCAAAUGCCCGGUCUCGUGUCCUGUCCUCAGGUUGUCUCUCUGUCCCUCCCCAGAUGCUCGGUCUCGUGUCCUGUCCUCAGGUUGUCUCUCUGUCUCUCCCCAGAUGCCCGGUCUCGUCUCAUGUCCUCAGGUUGUCUCUCUGUCUCUCCCCAGAUGCCCGGUCUUGUGUCCUGUCCCGGUGGUCUGAUAGUCAUUGGUCUCCUCCUCCUCCUUUCCUCCUCCUCCGUGAACACCCUAUCAGAGAUAUGGACCAAUGAAGUUUCAGAUGUUCAGUAUGGGAGGAUAGGGUCCAACGUUACGCUGCUGUGUAGAGACGCACUGGACAGGACGUCAGUGGAGUGGCGUCUGAACAGGAGGUCCGUGUUGCCAUGGCAGCACCGAGUGACAUCAGGCGGUCAUCUGGUCCUCGUGAACGCAGAACACGCUGCCGAGGGUAACUACAGCUGCCAUGACGAGCAGGGACUCCUCAUCCAGACCACCAGACUCAGGCUAGGAUAUCCUCCCGGUCUGCUCAGCAUUUCCUGUCUUGUGCCCAAUCACAGCCUAGUAUUGUGUUCAUGGGUGGAGUCUGUGAAGACCCACCUACCAGCCCUGUACCACACCUCCUAUAGGGGUAAUAAGAGCCAGGUGAGGAUGUGUGUGGUGUCGUCCCCUCCCCAGAAGCAGUGCACCAUCACAGACCCUACCAUGUGGCAGCUCUACCACUAUAUCAACAUCACCGAGACCAACCCUCUGGGGUCACAGACCACCAUCAUUCAGGUCAAGUUCCACAAGCUCUCCAGACCCCCAGAGGCAGUAACAGCAGUGGGGAUGGUAGGAUAUCCCAUGAGGCUCCAGGUGUACUGGACGAACCCUGCCUCCUGGCUCCACGACGCUGUGCCCUUCCCCCUCCACUUCCAGCUCCGCUACCGUCCUGUAGGAUCCAGCAUCUGGUCUACCGUGGAGUCUAAGGCCAGUGCCCUGCUCAUAACCGACGCCCUUGCUGGCCACGCCCACCAGCUACAGGUGAGAGCCCAGGACGAGAUCAACCCAGACAGCCAGUGGAGUGACUGGAGCCCCCUGCUGCAGGCCUGGCCAUGGAGCGGUUGCACAGCAGAUCCAACUGAACAAACCGUCCCUGUAGACUACAAUGACGAAGAUGCGGAGCCCUCUACAGCCAACACCAAGUCAGAGAAUUCGGAGGAUGAUGGUGGUAGUCUCGGAGUGGUGAUAUUUCUGUCCCUGUUUGCUGUCAUCAUCAUUGUCUUGUUGUCCUCUCUAUUUGUCCUCAUGUGGGUGAGGCAAUGGAGACGGGACAAUGUGACACGACAGGAACUGACCUCAAUGUUGAAGAUGAAGUCCUGCAUAUCUGAACCUAGGUUGGCCCCUCCUCUCCACCAGGCCAUACCUCUACCAGCUGUCUGCAGCGUCCACAACACACUACCCACAACCUACCAGGAGACUCAUCACGCUACCCACAACCUACCAGGAGACUCACCACGCUACCCACAACCUACCAGGAGACUCCCCACGCUGCCAACAACCCAUCUGGAGUGAGUGCUUGGCCUGGUCGCUGCCUGCCGAUAGACAGACAUGAUGGACCGACUGACUGACUCCUCCCACUGGAGUUCAACCUCUUCUGAUUGGCUGUGGGCCUCAGUGACAGUACAGCACCAGUAAACAUGAAGUCAAAGGAAGGAGGGAUUAGUAUCUGUCUGUCUCCUCCCCUGACUGACUGACUGAACAAGGUUCACAUUGUAUUCCUGAUGAUGGUCCUUUAUUACUCGUGACUAAUGGAAUGCUGAAAGAGGAGAAGAAGAAACAGAGUUUUCCAAUUUGCUAAAGCAAAAGGCAUUACCGAUAUAUAGACCGAUUGGCCGUAUAGACAGGUUAUAAACAGGUUAUAAAGAGGUUAUAGACAGGUUGUGGAGAAGUUAUAGACCGAUUGGCAGUAUAGACAGGUUAUAAACAGGUUGGCAUUCUCUUAACUUCAGCAGAAAAAGAGAAGGAACACUCUGCAAGGCUACUGCUAUUAGUCAGUGGUUGAGAAAGAGGAGUCCUGUCAUUUCCAUGCUGACCAGUCACAAACAGUGUCAGGACGAUGUCCUAACUUAAUGUGUGUAUGUGGGUAGCUUGAGGUUACAUUGGUCUGGGAACAGUUAUCCUCUCUCCCGACCCCCACCAGAAGUGAUGUGGCCCCACCUGGGAAAGAGGACCUGAUGUAGUAACUGUCACCCACCCAUUAUGAGAGGUCUCUACCACUUCAGAUACAACCAGCAUGACAUCAGUUCUCCUCCGUCCCAUUUCCCAACAUCCCACAGCGUUAUUCUGCUCUAAAUGACAGUGAUAGUGAUGUUAUUUGUUGGUUCUUUACAUCGCUGUGUAGUCAUGGGAAACACAAGGUGUCUUUACUUAAAGAGUUAAAGCCUCGCUGGGUGUCUUUGAGGACUGCAAGGUUCUCUCCAGCUAGUACCUAUGCAUGGAUCCUGUUGAAGCUUCUUCUGUGUUCUGUCUUAACCAACAGAGUUAAAUGUAGUUCAUGUAUAUAUUCUGUUGUUUUUAGAGGCUGUUCCACUGUGCACCAUUCCCCAGUCAUUGAUAUGAAGCUCUAAUGCACUAGAUGUCCCAGUGUGUUUGUUCCUAUACAUCCCAAUUGGCACCCUGUGCCCUAAAUACAGUGAGCUCUAAAAGAAAUGGGACAGUGACAUUUUUAUUGUUGGAUGCAUUUGCUAUUUGUUUUGGUUGUGUUUUAGAUCAUUUACCCAAUAAUAAUGUGUGGUAAAUCAUGCA